AUGGAUGAAUUCGACGAGGACGCAUUCAACAAGUUCUUCCCCUCAAGCUUUGGGAAGCAGAGCAAGUCGGUCGAUGUUGAUUCUCAGAUCGACCGCUCUAAGCGUGUCGAUAUCUCAGUGGCGAAGCUAGAAAGCAAUAAACCAACUACUGCCACAGAGCCUACAGGAAGUGGUGAUGAGAAAAAAGACAGCAAUGAUGAUAGCGACAAUGACUCUUCCGAUGACUCGGAUGAUGACGAUGACGAGUUCCCGGUAUCGCAUGAGCUUGUUCUCAAGAGUCAUGAGCGUGCCGUGACUAGCAUGACGGUGGACCCUUCGGGCGCACGACUAAUUACAGGUUCUACCGAUUGUACAUUGAAACUACACGACUUUGCUUCGAUGACCCCUUCUACCCUUCGUGCCUUCAAAUCCGUCGAUCCCUCGGCCCAGAAAUCGUCUGCGGCCCAAGACACUCACCCUGUUAACUUCGUCGCAUUCAAUGCGCUUUCGCCAAGUCACGUCCUAGCAAUUCCUGCCACCUCCAAACCUCGUAUUCUGAGCCGUGAUGGCGAGGUCCUCACGGAAUUUGUGAAGGGUGAUCCGUACUUGCGAGAUCUCCACCUCACGAAAGGACAUGUCUCCGAAGUUACUUGUGGUGCUUGGAGUCCCUCCAAUCUUAAUCUAUGUGCCACGGCUGGAACUGAUAGUACAAUACGGAUAUGGGAUGCCAACUCUGGUCGCUCGCAGAAAGAAGUCAUCGUACACAAGUCGCGGGCGGCUGGCUCCGCUGGUCGGACGAAAAUCACGGCUAUCGCAUGGGGCUCGCCCAAGCAAGGAGGUGCUGACAUUCUAGUCGGCGCUGCUCUUGAUGGUAGUCUAGCUAUGUGGGGUGGAAACGGCCCUUACACCAGGCCUAGUGGGGAGAUCAAGGAUGCUCAUGCCCGAGAUACUUGGACGAGCGGAUUGGAUAUCAGUUCCGAUGGAAGACUUGUCAUCACCAGAGGUGGCGAUGAUACGAUCAAGCUGUGGGAUACUAGAAAAUUUAAGACCCCUGUCACAACUGUUACUCAUGCUUCGACAUCUUCGCGCUACCCGACUUCCAACAUCCAGUUCUCUCCCUCAUCUGCGAACGUGAUCACAGGCUCUGAAACUGGUCAUUUGCAUAUCCUCAACCCCGCAACCUUGAGACCGGAGCUGGUUACCCCAGUGACACCUGGAUCACCCUUGAUUACAGUUUUGUGGCAUGAAAAGCUCAACCAAAUCUUGACGGGCUCAGCCAAUGCCGAAACCCAUGUACUCUACAACCCUACUAUGUCCACAAAGGGUGCAGCGACGGUCAUGUCUAAGGCGCCUAAACUCCGCCACGUCGACGACGUGAUCAUGACCACUGAUUUGAGUCAGGGUCUGUCCGGCGACUCAGUCGUCGUCGGCUCCAACGGAGUCCCGCAUUACAGCUCUUCAACGUGGUCUUCUCGUCACCCUGAAGUUGGACUGACAGCGUCCGGGCGCUCCCGAGACCCCCGUCGUCCAUACCAGCCAGCGCAGACACCGUUUUCCAAGACCAAUCCGGAUGACAAGCACAUUCGCGACAACAUUCCACUCAGCUCUAGGCUUGAUGAAGAUCCCCGAGAAGCACUAUUGAAGUAUGCCGAAAAGGCCGAGAAGGAUCCUAUAUACACCAGGGCGUACAAGGAAACCCAGCCAACUGCUAUCUUUGCGGAGCUGAGUGACGAGGAGGAGAAAGGACCCGAAAAGAAGAAACCCAGGCGAUGA